AUGGGAAAUCCAGCGUUCAAAGGCAAACAGUUUUACGCACCAAAGAGAGUGUAUAGGAAUGCUGAUGGCACGAAUCGCGAGUUCAGUGAGAUGUGGACAGGUGACUGGUGGUGGUUUAUGCAGAUGGAGUUGCCUGAUGGGGUCACAAUCGCACCCGUCAUUGUGUCUUCUGACAAGACACAGCUCACCCGCUUUGCUGGGGAUAAGCAAGCGUGGCCGGUGUACCUGAGUAUUGGAAACAUUGAGAAAGAAACCCGCCGACAACCUUCCGCACGAGCAAUGGUCCUCAUUGGGUACAUACCUAUCUCUAAGCUCGAAUGCUUUUCAAGGAAAACACGGUCGCUCGAAGGCUAUCAGCUGUUCCAUGAAUGUAUGCGCACCCUUCUCAGGCCCUUGAUUGAUGCGGGGACAAACGGUGUCGACAUGCAGUGCGCUGAUGGCUUCAUCCGAACCAUCUAUCCGAUCUUGGCAUCAUACAUUGCCGAUUAUCCCGAGCAAUGCCUUGUUGCGUGUUGCAAGGAAAGUGCCUGUCCAAGGUGUAUCAUAAAUCCAAAGGAGCGCGGCGCCCGACUUUUCUCCGACUCACGCGAUCCUGGAAUCACAAUCCGCGUCUUGGGAGAGAAAGCUGAUGGCGAAAACCCACCCGAAUUUGAUGAUCACAGCCUUCGAGCCAUCAACCCCUUCUGGGCAGACCUCCCUCACUGCAAUAUAUUCACGAGCAUGACGCCCGACAUUCUCCAUCAACUUCACAAGGGGGUUUUCAAGGACCACAUCUCGAGUUGGGCGACGGAAGCCACUGAAGGUGGUGAGGGUGAAGUUGAUGCGCGCUUCCAGUGUAUGUCCCCUCAUCCAAGCCUCCGACAUUUCAAGAGGGGCAUCUCGUUAACGACACAGUGGACCGGAACUGAACACAAAAACAUGGAGAAGGUUUUUCUUACAGUCCUCGCUGGUGCCACCGACCCGGCUGUCAUCCGCGCUGUGCGCGGCGUUUUGGAUUUCAUCUAUUAUGCUCACUUUGAGACCCAUACUGACGAAUCUUUGGGUCUUCUCGACGCAGCAUGGCUCACCUUCCACGAUAACAAACACAUCUUCGAAGAUCUCGAAAUACGGAAACACUUCAAUAUCAGCAAACUUCACAAUAUCAAACACUACAUCGAUGCGAUCCGAUCACAUGGAACUGCUGAUGGGUUCAACACAGAAGGUACAGAACGCCUACACAUUGAUCUUGCGAAAAUGGGGUACAAGGCAACCAACAAGAAGGAAUUCAUCAAGCAAAUGACGAUAUGGCUCCGCCGCCAAGAGUCCAUCCAACGUUUCUGCCUGUACCUCCAAUGGGCCGUUCCGGGCUAUACUGCUGAAAUCUCGAAGAACGGUAGCGAGGUUGACGAAGACGAAGAGGAGGACGAAGAGGAGGAUGAAGAAGAGGACGACGUUAACAGAGUGGCUGCGGGAGAUGAAGUGGUGGAAAGUUAUACCAUCGCAAAGAAACCUGCGCUGCACAACGUUUCGGUAACAUCCAUUGUCAGCGACUAUGGAGCGACUGAUUUCUUACAGCACCUUACGUCGUUCAUCGAUACGGAACGACUGGUUGGCGACAUUGCGCUGAGUGCAGCAUCCGCGUUUGAUCUGUACAAGCAAGUCGGAUUCGUCCUCCCCCCAAUUCCUGAAGUUACUUCGAAACCUACGCCAGAUGUCAUCCAUGCCGUCAGAGCGGUGCCAGCCAUGAUAACUUCGCAAGGCAUAAAACAGGCCGUUCCGGGUCGAUUUAGCACAGUACUCGUUCAAGAGAGCCCAAGCAUUGUGGCGGGUGGUCCUUUAAGUGGACUCCGCGUUGCUCAGGUACGGGUCAUCUUCAAAUUGCCAACUGAAUUUGGCCAAUACAACCACCCCCUCGCCUACGUUCAUUGGUACACACCCCUGCGACCCACCCCCAAUGAUCUUGACACCAACAUGUUCACAAUUUCGAGGUCCUCUCACAAUCAUCGUCAGCGCACAUCCGUCAUUCCUGUGGCCAAGAUAAUACGGAGCUGCCACCUUGCUCCAAAAUUCGGCCGCAAGAUGCCUGAUACUUGGACAUCAUCUACGGUUCUUGAUGAUGCAACCAACUUUUUUUAUUAA